CUCAUUGUCUUUUGCAUUGGUCAGAUAUAUCUUCACUCACGGAACUUCGAGUUCAUUGGUACAUAGGCUCCAGGAGGCGGUGAGUAAUUGGUUGGUUGCUGUUCCUGCCCCUGCCCAGACGCCAUUUUCCUGCGGGGAGUUGAAAUCCUAAAGGCUGAAGUGUUGCUAGUGGUUUUUGUAAAGGUGAUCAUAACGGCGACAGGUUACAGAAUACAGUUACAAUGGGGAACAUUUUUGAAAAGCUCUUUAAAAGUCUAUUUGGAAAAAAAGAGAUGCGGAUUCUUAUGGUGGGUUUAGAUGCAGCUGGAAAAACCACCAUCUUAUAUAAAUUAAAACUGGGAGAGAUUGUGACGACCAUCCCUACAAUAGGCUUCAAUGUGGAGACAGUAGAAUAUAAAAAUAUCAGCUUCACAGUCUGGGAUGUUGGUGGCCAGGACAAAAUCAGACCUUUGUGGCGACAUUACUUCCAGAACACCCAAGGUCUGAUUUUUGUAGUUGACAGUAAUGACAGAGAGCGGGUCAAUGAAGCCCGGGAAGAACUAACUAGAAUGUUAGCAGAAGAUGAGCUCAGAGAUGCAGUUUUAUUGGUGUUUGUGAAUAAACAGGAUCUUCCCAAUGCCAUGAAUGCAGCAGAAAUAACGGACAAGCUUGGCUUACAUUCCCUUCGCCAGAGAAACUGGUAUAUUCAGGCUACUUGUGCUACCAGUGGAGAUGGGCUUUACGAAGGCCUAGAUUGGCUCUCCAACCAACUGAAAAACCAGAAGUGACCAGAAGCAGUUCAUUCCUUGUGGAUUGUGACAAAAUCAGCUGGCCUCUUCUGUGUGCAUGUGUGUGAAUGAGGAGCCCAUGUGGCUGUGUGGCUGGGAGUAGGGGCAGCUUUCUCACACCGUGCCUUAUACAUGCUAUAAGAAAACCAGUAUUACAUUGUAAACACUAUUUUCCAUUUCAGUGGCUUUGAUGAUCAUUUUUGCAGUUGGUGGAGGAACUCAGAGAGGGGGCUCUCUGGUCUGUGAUAGCCAGAGUAGUCUUCAGGGUAGAAAGGAGAAUUGGAAUGUGGACAGGAUCAGUUGUUGUAGUCCUGGGUUUGUAUCGCUGCACACCCGGAGUCCUGUUAGACUUUGGUAUCUUUUUGUAAAAAGGGAGGAAUGAAUUAUCCUUUCCCAUUACUGUAAACCCUACAGCUCAUCAUUUUUCAGUGUUUUUAAACAGAAGGUCCUCAAGAAAAAAAAGGUACUUGCCUACUGCAAGUGUGAAGAGGUUCAGAUUGGAAUGUUCCCUUAAGUUCUAUUUUAGCCCCAACUCCCUGUUGAACAUGCUUUACUUAAAGAAAUCAGUGAUCUUUUUUGCUAGAAUUUCAGGACAGUAACAGUAGAAAAUUUUCCAGCCCUUCUCUUUUUCUUUUUGCCAAAUGGAGACUUUUUGAGGGAGUCACCCAGGUUGAGACCAAGGUUCUUUCCUAGAGCCCCAUGGUCCAUAGUGGAGUGAGAGUCAGGUGGAGGAAGUGAGAUAAGGGCACAUUUAUGUUCUGGUGUCAUUGUCUCAGGUUUCAGGCUCCGAGGCUGCUGCCCCCACUUCUCUGGUCUGUGCUGAAGCUUCUGGAUGUGAAACAGGAGGCUCACACUUGGCUGAUGUUUCUGUCAUCAUGUAUAGCUGUCUUAGUUGACCUUAAGCUUUUGGUUAGUUUCUGUUCCCAGAACUACACACCUGUAAGUUUUGAGAUUUUAUGAGAGAUUGAAGAAGUUAAUUUUGGGGAUGAAGUUCCUGGCAACUCCUAGUAUAGUCCCCCAGUUGGUGCUAAAUUUUUUUGUGAAAAACAUAUUUUGUCCAGACCACUUUCCAUAGCACUGACUCCCUUUCUUUUCUUUUCUUUUUUUUUUUUUUUUGUACCGGGGAUUGAACUCGGGUCCCUGCACUUGCAAGGCAGGUGGCAGAACCACUAAGCUAAAUCCCCAGCCCAACUGACUCCCUUUCUUGAUGGCAAAAAUGUCUUAGAAACUUUGGAAACAUGCUUUAUGUUAACUUCUAAAUAUUAAUAAAAAUGGCCUAGAGAUGAGCUGGAUUCCCUCAGUCUGAGGUUUUUUGCACAGACAACCAUCAGCCACAUUGAUAACUAAGCACUCCCAUUAUUUAACCUUUUAAAAUAAAUCUUGAUUCAAAUUAAAGGGAUGGGAGGGUAUAAGGUAAAUUUUUAAUAAAAGUAAAUACUGUUUAUUGAUAACAAGUUAUACUAGGGAAAAAUUUCAUGCAAUGGUAAAUGUGGGGUGUAAUAUUUUUCUUUAAAACAUUAACCUUAAAGAAUGCUCGUUGCAACAGUGGCAAAUCCAGAUUUGAUUUGUUACCAUGGAAUAAUUCUUUGAGAAAUAUUUAGAUUGUGUGUGCCUCAAAUUUGCAGGGACUGUAUCUUAACAAUUUUGUAUUUGUGCUCAGUACAUUUGUACCUGCUAUGGUGCUAGGCCUCAUUAAACACUUGUUGACUGGUUGGACAAUAAAGGACUUACUUUGGAAGGACA